CCCAAGGGUGCUUGUUCUCUCGAUCUUAUAUUAUUAUUAUUCAAGUAGUAUAUCGAAACCCUAACCCCCAAAUUCCACACACAAUUCAAUCUUCAAACCAUCAUAUCCUCAAUAAACAAACCAGAAUGCAAAAUCAACAGCAUCAAAGGCUGAAGCUUCAACAACAACAAGCUUUGAUGCAGCAAGCUCUCCUUCAACAGCAAUCGCUCUAUCAUCCUGGCCUCUUAGCACCUCCACAGAUUGAGCCAAUCCCAAGCGGAAAUCUGCCUCCUGGGUUUGAUCCAAAUACAUGCCGCAGUGUGUACGUGGGGAACAUUCAUAUACAAGUGACGGAACCACUUCUUCAAGAGGUUUUUGCAAGUACUGGUCCUGUUGAAGGCUGCAAACUCAUAAGAAAAGAGAAGUCGUCUUAUGGAUUCAUUCACUACUUUGAUCGUAGAUCCGCUGCACUUGCUAUAUUAUCUCUAAAUGGGAGGCAUUUGUUUGGUCAACCUAUUAAAGUCAACUGGGCAUAUGCCAGUGGGCAGAGGGAGGAUACAUCAGGUCACUACAACAUAUUUGUCGGUGAUCUUAGCCCUGAGGUCACCGAUGCUAUGCUGUAUGCAUGCUUUUCGGUUUAUCCUAGUUGUUCGGAUGCAAGGGUUAUGUGGGAUCAGAAAACUGGCCGUUCACGAGGUUUUGGCUUUGUUUCUUUCCGCACCCAACAGGAUGCUCAAAGUGCUAUAAAUGACUUAACCGGGAAGUGGCUUGGCAGUAGGCAGAUACGGUGCAAUUGGGCUACAAAAGGUGCUGGUACCAGCGAUGAAAAACAGGCUUCAGAUUCUAAAAGCGUGGUGGAGCUAACAAACGGGUCUUCAGAGGAAAGUAAGGAGCCUGUUAACGGUGACGCACCGGAGAAUAACCCGCAGUUUACCACUGUUUAUGUUGGUAACCUUGCUCCAGAAGUUACUCAGCUUGAGCUUCAUCGCCACUUUCAUGCCCUUGGUGCUGGAGUAAUUGAGGAAGUACGAGUUCAGCCGGAUAAAGGGUUUGGUUUUGUGAGAUACAAUAAUCACGCAGAGGCCGGUUUGGCUAUUCAAAUGGGAAACACUCAAUCCAUUCUUUACGGUAAACAAAUUAAGUGCUCUUGGGGCAGUAAGCCGACUCCACCAGGAACAACUUCAAACCCGCUUCCGCCACCUGUGCCUGCACCAAUGCUGUCAGCUGCCGACUUGUUGGCAUACGAGAGACAAUUCGCGUUAAGCAAGAUGGUCGGGGUCCACGGGCUCAUGCACCCUCAAGGGCAGCACCCUCUUAAACCGGCAACUAUGGGCGGUAUGAGUAUGGGUGCUGCUGGAGCGAGCCAGGCUAUUUAUGAUGGUGGUUUCCAGAAUGUUGCUGCUGCCCAACAACUCAUGUAUUAUCAGUGAGUGAUUACGUGGCGUUAUUGUAUGCGAUGUUUUGUGUUUUUCUUUUUUUCGGGUUUCUAGGAGGCUUUAUGAUGUUCCUCUUUGUUUUUUUUUAUUUACCCCAAUGUUGUUCUACUUCUAUAUGCUUGCCAUGGGUAUGGAUACAUAUGGUAUGAUGUCUGUUAAUUGCUAGUGAUGGAGAUGCAUGCUUUUGUACCUGUAACAAGUGCCUUUGUUGGUU